AUGGACUCUGAAGUUCUUCAACGGCUUUCGCAAGCCUCUGCUUACAUUCUCCGCACUUCGCAGCUCCAUCUACUUGCAAGAACGCCUAGCAAGCUCCCCCAGAAGAUCAGAGAGAACUCAAACGUCAAAGUCUUCCAAGGAGAUGUCAGCAAUAGCGUGCAAGUCGCCAGUGCUUUCGCUGGGUGCCAAGCAGUGAUCAUCACGGUCGGAACUCUGUCGAACACUCCGACAACACUACACCGCGAUGCCGUCGCAAACGUCCUUCUAGCCGUUAAAGGUUCGCCGACCAAGAAGCCUGUUCACAUUGUGCUUCUCACAGCUUGCGGUUCGAACAAGCUAUACGUUGAUCAGGAGCCAGCUAUUCAGAAGCUCGUGAUGGGUUUCCUAGUUGGUGAGAUUUACAAAGACCACGACCGGGCACAAGAUCUCCUCCUCGAAUGGGAUAAACAGCCCGGCAACAAAGCUCUGGCGACCUGGAGUAUCAUUCAGCCACCUGCGCUCCACGACGCUCCGGCGCACGGCUACACCUAUGCGACAUCCGGAUUGGUAUCUGGCACGAACAAUGUGACGUAUCCAGAUCUGGCGGCUCUGCUACUGAAGGCGGCAGAGGAGUCCGAGAUUUUCGUCGGCCAGCAAGUGCUCAUCAACAGCAAUUUCCGACCGUCCAAAGUCCCUAAGCACUUUGUUACACUUUUGUGGGGCAACUUUUCCCGCAAAGUGUUACCGCCCCUGGCCGCCGUAGCGGCAGUUGGGGUGGCCUACGCGUACAGGAACGAACUGGCUUCUCUGUUUGCAAAGGUUUCUCGAGAGGCCUUCUCACUUAGCAAACUGGAUUACUUAUUUGGGGCUAGCGGGCAAGCCGCUGUGGGAAACAAGAAGCUCCGAUGUCGAAUCGGGCCUUCCUUGAACUCCUUGACCGUCGCCCACGUCAACGAUGAAGAGAACCCGCACUUCAUCGACUCCCCAUACUUCACUGGAUAUGUUGCCGUUCGCGUGAAGAACUUUAACGGCAUCACUCCGGAUGGUUCCGAGCCCAUUUCAGACCUGGAGUACUUCAGCAACAAGAAGCGGUUGUUUUCCGUUCAAGUUUGUGGACGAUACAAGCAUGAAUACACCGCCAACGAUGUCGUUUUCGGCUCGGCUUUCGAGCACAAAGUGACGCCCCCAACCGGCGCAUGGGUCGCCAUCAAAUUCGCGAAUCUCAUAGAUCCGGCGCUCAAAAGCGAUAUAUACGCCGACAAGCCAUGGUUGUGGAGUCCAGCUCUGUGUUCAUACAACAUCGUCAAUGUGACAAAGGCUUCCGCACCAGUGAAGGGCGCUCAUCCGGCGGUAACAGAAACGCCAGCGGGGUCUCCCACGAGUUCUCCCGUGCAGCUCAGCGUACCGGAUGUCACGAAGCCAGCGGACGCGUCCAAGGAAAUAUCCAAGCCGCGGAAGACCAUUUUGGAGACCAACACCGAAACGGAUGAUUUGCUGGGCAAAUGGGUGUGGGUUGGACCGGAGGAGUUGCAGGAGAACAAUACGCUUCUCUUUGACGGCAAGACGCCAGUGCCAGCCGACGGCAUCGCGGAGCGUCGGAAAUACUUCCAGAAAGAGUCUGUGCGGAAGGCAACGAUAUUGAAGCCCGAAAAUCUUUAUAAUGUGGAGAUGUUUGCCCCAUUCAUCGAUCUCAACACCUUCGACCUCAACCUGGGAAUCAAUAUCAACCUCCUCCAGUACCUCAACAAGCACCCACUGCGACUUAUCUCUAAGUCCAUGUCCAAAGAUAUUCCUUUCUUCAUCAUCGAAUUCGCCCUGGUGGAUGAGGACGAAAACUCGCAGGAAGAAAGCGAAGAGGAGGCAUGA